AGACAUUUAGCGGGUUUCACGGCGUGGAGGCUGGCUGAAACACUCUCCCCGUACAUUUCUAGUCAAUUUCUAAGUCAAGAACAUGCAGAGCUGCGCUAAAUCCUGGCGUGUUGUCAUCAGCAGGUCGGUGUCCGCCCGCGUGCCGUACAGCAAUAUCAGCAGAAAAGGGGACGUUUUUAACAAACUUAAAGCCACAACUGGAGAUGUGUCUGCAAAUGUGCGCUGUUUGGCCACCUCGCAAGUUUUGUGGUCCAGGAAGAUUGAACGAAUUCUGCCCAGGCACGAUGAGUUUUCCGAGAGACAUAUUGGACCGGGCGACAAAGAGAAAAGAGAGAUGCUCAACACUCUCGGAGUUGAGUCAGUCUCUCAGCUUAUUGAAAACACAAUUCCCCCAUCCAUCCGCCUGGGAAGAAGUUUGAAAAUGGACGAUCCAGUGUGUGAAAAUGAAAUCCUUGAUUCGCUUCAAAAGAUUGCGUCAAAGAACAAGAUGUGGAGGUCCUACAUCGGAAUGGGCUAUUAUAACUGCUCCGUCCCACCAGUCAUACAAAGAAACCUGCUUGAGAAUUCAGGAUGGGUGACCCAAUACACACCGUACCAGCCCGAGGUGUCCCAGGGCCGCCUGGAGAGCUUACUCAACUAUCAGACCAUGGUGUGUGACAUCACAGGGAUGGCAGUGGCCAAUGCGUCGUUACUAGAUGAAGGAACCGCCGCUGCAGAGGCCAUGCAGCUCUGCAACAGGCAAAACAAAAGAAGAAUGUUCUACAUCGACCCACGCUGCCAUCCUCAAACGAUUGCAGUUGUGCAAACUAGAGCCAAGUACGGAAAUGUGCAGUCUCUCCUCUAUCUUUCUCUUUAUCUCUAUUUUAGAAAGUUUAUGGUCAAAGUGUCCCGUUAAAGAGACGCAGCUGGCAAAGAGGUGUAUCGUCUGGCUCUUCAGACCCGAGAGCAGCACAUCCGCAGAGACAAAGCCACCAGCAACAUCUGCACAGCUCAGGCUCUUCUUGCCAACAUGGCUGCCAUGUACGCACUCUAUCAUGGUUCGCAAGGACUGAGGCACAUCGCAGAGAGAACCCACAAUGCAACACUGAUUCUCGCUGAAGGGCUGAAAAGAGCUGGGCACAAGCUGCAGCAUGAGAACUUCUUUGACACACUCAAGAUCAACUGUGGUGUUGCUGGAAAAGACAUUUUGGAAAAAGCCACGCAGCGGGAGAUCAACCUACGGGUGUACAGUGAUGGGCUGGUGAGGAAUUUACUGUAUAAUCCGGGCUCGUGCACAAUGAAGCUGAACAGUUCCUCAGAGCUCAUGCCAAUCACCUGGAGAGAGUUUGCAAACAUCCACCCGUUCGUGCCGCUGGAUCAGGCUGAAGGUUAUCAGCUGCUCUUCAGACAGCUGGAGAAGGACCUUUGUGAGAUUACGGGAUACGAUAAAAUCUCCUUUCAGCCCAACAGUGGUGCGCAGGGGGAAUAUGCAGGCCUGGCUGCGAUCAAAGCCUAUCUGAACUCCAGAGGAGAGUCUCAUAGAACUGUGGACAAACAUAAGGCCAACCUGGCUGCCAUAAUGAUCACGUACCCGUCCACCAACGGAGUGUUUGAGGAGAACGUGAGUGAAGUGUGCGAGCUCAUUCAUGAAAAUGGAGGACAGGUGUAUCUGGACGGGGCCAACAUGAACGCUCAGGUUGGAUUAUGUCGACCAGGAGACUACGGCUCGGAUGUUUCACACUUGAAUCUCCACAAAACCUUCUGCAUUCCUCAUGGUGGUGGUGGGCCUGGGAUGGGGCCUAUCGGAGUGAAACAGCAUCUUGCCCCCUUCCUGCCCAGUCAUCCAGUGGUGAACAUGCAGUCCAAUAAUGCAGGCAGUUCUCUGGGCACCAUCAGUGCUGCUCCAUGGGGCUCCAGCGCCAUCCUGCCUAUCUCAUGGGCUUACAUUAAGAUGAUGGGUUCAAAGGGUCUUGCACACGCUACAGAGGUGGCCAUCCUUAAUGCCAACUACAUGGCUAAACGACUGGAAAACCAAUACAAAAUACUUUUCAGGGGCACCAAAGGAUUUGUUGCUCAUGAGUUUAUUUUGGAUGUGCGGCCUUUUAAAAAGACGGCAAACAUUGAGGCAGUCGACGUAGCAAAGAGACUGCAAGACUACGGUUUUCAUGCACCCACCAUGUCGUGGCCUGUAGCGGGAACUCUGAUGAUCGAGCCCACCGAGUCGGAGGAUAAAGCAGAGCUGGACCGCUUCUGUGACUCUCUGCUGGCCAUAAGGCAGGAGAUCGCAGACAUCGAAGAGGGACGCAUGGACUCCAGAGUCAAUCCUCUGAAGAUGGCUCCUCACUCACUGGCCUGCAUUACCUCCAGCACAUGGGACAGACCGUACCCGAGAGAGUUUGCUGCUUUCCCCAUGCCUUUCGUAAGACCCGAGACCAAGUUCUGGCCCACCAUUUCAAGGAUCGACGACAUCUAUGGAGACCAGCACCUGGUCUGCACAUGUCCACCAAUGGACGUCUACGAGUCUCCAUAUGAAGAAAGAGCUUCCUCAUGACCAAAAUGAACCAUCAAUAUAUGAUCAUCGGUACGUUUCCAUUCGCAAACCAUGCACAAAUAGCUGGCCUGUCCUCCUCUGUUACUCUACUAAAUCCAAAUCUGAUUCAGAUACUGUAAUCGACCUGUAUAGGGGGGAGGGCGGUUCGUCGUUUUUUUUGUCGUUUUUAUAUUUUUAUUCGCUGUAUAAAAAAUAUUUGGGUGUUUUUGGUCUGUAUGUAGGCUUAACUUACUGGCACUGUUCUCAAACGUUAACCCUAAUUUGAAAGAUGUAAUGUACGUUUUCUAAUUAUUUAAGAAAUAGAGCCUGUUUGUAGCCAUUUAAUAAAUAUUUUAAAGAA